UCAUCUUCCUUAUAACAACCACAACGUCACUUUCUCGGAAAAAAAUCUUCCCGGAAAAUUGAUAUUGGUGAACGGAAUCCCUAGAAAUGUCGGAUAAUCGCGCACUCCGGCGAGCUCAUGUUCUCGCCAACCACAUACUUCAAUCAACUCCUCCGUCAUCGAACCUCUCCCUAACGCGCGAGGUAUGUUUGCAGUACUCUCCACCGGAGCUCAACGAGAGCUAUGGAUUCGAUGUCAAGGAGAUGAGGAAAUUACUCGACGGACACAACGUCGUGGAUCGGGACUGGAUUUAUGGACUCAUGAUGCAGAGCAAUCUGUUUAAUCGCAAGGAGAGAGGAGGUAAGAUUUUCGUGUCGCCGGAUUACAAUCAGACGAUGGAGCAGCAGCGUGAGAUCACUAUGAAGCGGAUCUGGUACUUGCUCGAGAAUGGGGUUUUCAAAGGAUGGUUGACCGAGACAGGUCCUGAGGCCGAGCUCAGGAAAUUAGCUCUGCUUGAGGUUUGUGGGAUUUAUGAUCACUCCGUCUCCAUCAAAGUUGGUGUUCAUUUCUUCCUGUGGGGUAAUGCUGUAAAGUUCUUUGGAACAAAGCGUCACCAUGAAAAGUGGCUGAAGAACACCGAAGAUUAUCUUGUCAAGGGAUGUUUUGCAAUGACUGAGCUAGGCCAUGGAAGUAAUGUACGGGGAAUUGAGACAGUGACUACUUAUGACCCAACAACUGAAGAGUUUGUGAUAAAUACUCCUUGUGAAUCUGCUCAGAAGUAUUGGAUCGGUGGGGCAGCUAAUCAUGCAACACACACAAUUGUGUUUUCACAGCUUCAUAUUAACGGAACCAACCAGGGGGUCCAUGCCUUUAUCGCCCAAAUCAGGGAUCAAGAUGGCAACAUAUGUCCAAACAUCCGCAUUGCUGACUGUGGACACAAAAUUGGUCUAAAUGGUGUUGACAAUGGCCGGAUCUGGUUUGAUAAUCUUCGAAUUCCAAGAGAGAAUUUGUUGAACGCAGUUGCUGAUGUUUCGUCUGAUGGGAAGUAUGUUAGCUCAAUUAAAGAUCCUGAUCAGAGAUUUGGAGCAUUCAUGGCCCCUUUGACUUCUGGCCGAGUCACAAUUGCAUCAAGUGCAAUUUAUUCUGCAAAGGUCGGAUUAGCUAUUGCUAUAAGGUACUCAUUAUCGAGAAGAGCCUUCUCUGUUACAGCUAAUGGUCCUGAAGUCCUCCUCCUAGAUUACCCAAGCCAUCAAAGGCGACUGUUACCACUCCUAGCAAAGACAUAUGCUAUGAGUUUUGCUGCAAAUGAAUUGAAGAUGAUUUACGUAAAGAGAACACCGGAGACCAACAAAGCCAUCCACGUUGUUUCAAGUGGGUUCAAAGCUGUUCUCACCUGGCACAAUAUGCACACACUUCAGGAAUGUCGUGAAGCUGUAGGAGGGCAAGGUGUGAAAACAGAAAAUCUAGUUGGUCAGUUGAAAGGUGAAUUUGAUGUGCAGACUACAUUUGAGGGUGACAAUAAUGUAUUGAUGCAGCAGGUGAGCAAGGCCCUUUUUGCUGAAUAUGUAUCGUGUAAGAAGAGAAAUAAACCUUUCAAAGGAUUAGGAUUGGAGCACAUGAACAGUCCACGUCCUGUAUUGCCGACUCAACUCACAUCGUCUACCCUCAGAUGCAGCCAGUUCCAGACAAAUGUGUUCUGCUUAAGAGAGCGAGAUCUUCUGGAACGAUUUACUUCUGAAGUUGCACAGCUUCAAGGUAGAGGAGAAAGUCGAGAGUUCUCUUUCCUCCUGAGUCAUCAACUUGCUGAAGACUUGGGUAAAGCUUUCACAGAGAAGGCAAUACUGCAAACCAUUUUGGAUGCUGAAGCCAAAAUACCUGCUGGCUCAGUAAAGGAUGUGUUGGGUCUUGUAAGAUCAAUGUACGCAUUGAUCAGCUUGGAAGAAGAUCCGUCGUUGCUGCGAUAUGGUUACCUUUCUCAGGAUAAUGUUGGAGAUGUGAGGAGAGAAGUUUCAAAGCUCUGUGGAGAGCUUAGACCUCACGCGCUUGCACUCGUCACUUCAUUUGGCAUUCCAGAUGCGUUCUUGAGUCCAAUUGCAUUCAAUUGGGUCGAAGCCAACGCUUGGUCUUCAGUUUAGUUACUUGCUAGUAAUAAUCUCUUCCAUAAUUCCCACAGCUCUUAAAAGUUAUGUUUUCACAAUAUCUACAGAAACUGUUGUAAGCUCUUCAUAAUAAAAGGGGUAUGUGAUAUGUAUCCAGGGUUUAUUCUUUACUUAACUGGUCCAAACAAAAAGGUUUGGUAAUCAUUUUCAAAUUCUUAUAAAUAAUUGUUGUUAUG